AUGGACCGCUCUCCUUCAAUCGCCGCCAUAGGCGUCAUCGGCAGACACAACAACCCUCUUCAUGUCGCCCUCUUCCCAGCGACAUACCAAGACAAGGAGGAGCCUCGCGAUCAGCUGGAGUACGAGAUGAUGCUCAACUCAUCACUCGACAUCUUCGAAGCACGCAUACCAAGCAAGACGGUCGGCCAAGACUUUGGUCUUCUUCAUGCUCUGGAUGAACGUAUUGCACUCUAUGGCUGGCUUCUUAAUACUGGUGUCAAGCUUGUCAUUGUGGUUGAUAUGGAAGGAAGGGUUGCACCGAACUCUGAAGCUGUGAAGACGAGUAUGCUGGGCUUGAGGAAUUCUGAUCUUUCGCCCGCAUUUCAAGCAUUGCAGACAGCAUACAUCCGACUACUAAGGAAUCCCUUCUAUACACCAGACGACCAUGAUCCGAAGACUGCCAAGACACGAGGCAAUAUGCAGAUCACCAGUUCAAGGUUCAUCAAGGAGAUCGACAACAUCGGGAAGAAUUGGUAUCCAGGAGCCUUGAACCUCUAA